UCAGAGUAGAGCAGGCCGCAUUGGCUUGCGCCACGUGUAUCUAGCUACCAUGGAAACAAAGGAAACAAGGCGGGUGUGCUUGCUUUGUGAUCAGUCGCUAUUGAAAUCCCUCGAUUUUUAGCAUAAAUUUUGAACGAAAACAAUGGCUGAAAAGUGGAAGCAAAAUGCUGACUCAUUGGUGGAGUAUGAUAUACCUAUGCUGGUAAAUAUUUACCAAAUUCUAAUGAGUUCUAAAGAAAAGUCACAAGCUCUCUCAUGCGUACAAAAUCUCAUUCAGUUAAAAGGAAAUGCAGCGGAGCUAGAGGAAGCAGCAGGAUCAGAUGCAGAAAUUUUGCACUCAAUUUUACCUCCAAGGCAAUGGGAGCAAGAUGGCCAGAUUUGGAUCCAAAAGGUUUCUCCAAAUCCAGCGACGCGAGAAAAAGUUCAAAAUUUAGCUGAAGAAUUUGAUAUGAGGUUGAGCCAGCGCCACGCGCGAGAAACUGGAAUUUGCCCUGUUCGACGUGAGUUGUAUUCGCAAAUAUUCGACGAAUUGAUUCGGCAGUCGACGCUUAACUGCAGCGAGGCUGGCCUGCUCCUGGCCCGCGUUCGAAAUGAGCUGCAAAUGACUCUCAGCACCUACGAGCACUUGUACGAAAGUGCCAUAGCAUUUGGAAUAAGAAAGUCACUGCAGUCGGUGCAGGGUCAGGAGGACCUGGAGGAGACGGUGUACAAGCUGAAGGGACAGAUUAACAGUCUUCAGCAGGAGCUAACUGAGGAGAAAGCUAGGAAUGAAAGGGCACAACAACGGCUCAGGGAAAAGCAUGACGCGGAGGAGAAAAAGCACAGAGAAGAGGUUCUCUCCUACAAAAAGGCCAACCAACAGCUCAAGACUCAACUCGAGGCAAUCAUUGCACCAAAGAAAUGAUCAGAGAGGAGUGUA